ACAUUUAAUAGAAUAAAUUCCGAUCAAAAUUCAUAAAUAAUCGAUACGUCUUUAACAAAAUCGAUUAUUUAUCAAUCUGAAACUAUAACAUAGUUUGAAGUUAAUGGUUAACAAGUCACCAAAAAUUGUGAUCUUACUUAGCAAGAAAGGAAUUACAACACCGCGUUGAAGUGACAUCUUCAUUUUGGAAUUUGGAACAACUCAACUUGUAUUUGCUUGCUUAGAAUAUCUAAUUAGUAUAUAAAUAAAUCAUCUUAGACAAAUUUUAUUUGUACCUAACAAAGCAUAACACCUCAUUUAUCUACUUGCCUAAUUUGUGUUCAACUGAUCAAACAAACCACCAAUGGCGGGAACACACCAAGAAGAACAGCCACAACCGCAACCGCAACCACAGCAAGUGGUGACGUCGAUGGAUCAGGAAGAUACAAAGAAGUGGGGGACUCACAUGAUGGGGCCGCCGGCUAAUCCGACAGCCCAUCCAGACAACCAGGAAGCGGCCUUGUGGAGGGCAGAUGAGCACCAGAAACAAUAUUUUCAUGAUCAACCUUACUUGGUAUACUCUCCUUUGGAUAAAGCACCUACUAAUAACCCUCUUGAGCCUGUUAUUCAUGCCUUCAACACUUGGACUCACAAGGCCGAGACUAUUGCUCGUAACAUCUGGUCUAACUUGAAAACAGGACCGUCAGUAUCAGAAGCAGCCUGGGGAAAGAUCAAUCUGACGGCAAAGGCACUCACAGAGGGUGGAUUUGAGCCGAUGUUCAAGCAGAUUUUUGAAACACAACCCGACGAGAAGCUCAAAAAGACCUUUGCCUGUUACCUCUCCACCACCAAAGGACCUGUUGCAGGAACCCUGUACCUGUCUAAUGUCAGGGUUGGCUUCUGCAGUGAUCGUCCGCUUUCUUUCAUUGCUCCUUCCGGCCAAGAGGCUUGGAGCUACUACAAGGUUAUGAUACCACUGGCACAAAUAAGCACGAUCAACCCGACGACUAUUGGAGCGAAUUAUAAUGAAAGAUACAUUCAGAUGACAACAAUAGACAACCAUGAGUUCUGGUUCAUGGGAUUUGUCAAUUUUGACAAGGCAACCCAUCAUCUCUUGGAGACUCUUACUCAAUUUAGGGCAUCUGAUUAUGGUCCCCAUGCCGCUGCAUCGCACUAGCAAGACACUGAUCUAUAUCAUCUUCUUGAUAGUGAAAUGCUGUUGUGCUUUAUGGUACAAGUAUUUUGGGCUCACUCAGUAUGAUUUUAGCAUAUUUAGGAUUCUAAUUUCUGCCUCAUGUUUUGUGUAGACUUUGUAGUUUGUAAUUGUAUGUUUCUUGUUAUUAUUGUAUUGAUGUGAUGUACAUUAUUGUUUAUGCAUAUGAAGUAUGUAAUAUAAGAAUGGGUUUUAUCAAUGUCAUUUUACCUUAAA